AUGACGCGCGGAGGAGGCAGCGGGAGUCGCCGGGGCCGCCGGAGCCGGGAUCUGGGCGCCGCGCGCGGGGGGUGGGCGCCGCUCGCUCCGCCCUGCGAAGCCCCUGCGCGCCCAGGGACGCGUCCACCCCGCUGCAGCCGCGCCAGGCUCCGCCGUGUGGCCGCCGCCGCCGCCGCCGCUGCCAUGUCCCCGGGGAAGCCCGGGGCGGGCGGAGCGGGGACGAGGCGGACCGGCUGGAGGCGGAGGAGGCGGAGGCGGCGGCUGGAGGCGGCGACUCGGGCGCCGGGGCGCGGACGCACGGCGGGGUCCGACUCGCGCGUCCCGGGCACGUUCCAGGGCGCGCGGGGCAUGAAGCAGGCGGCGCGGGAGGCGCGGCCGCCUCCGCGCUCGCCCCGGCUCCGCUGGGCGCUGCCGCCGCUGCUGCUGCUGUUGCGCCUGGGCCAGAUCGUGUGCACAGGUGACUGCUCCCGCUGUGAUCUGGUUGAAUUCACGCCUACAGCCAGUGAGAUUCAAUCUAUCAAGGCACCAGGAAACUUUUCAGUGAUAAAUGUAACGGAUUUGAGUGGCCAGAGCCAGCAGUUUCCCCCAGCAGACAGUGAUGGGGAGGCUUCGUUUUCAGGGCUGGUUCCUGGGAUGCACUAUCUUUUCACCUUUUCAAAUGGCUCCAGUACCUGCUGCCAAGAAGUGCAAAUACAACCCAGUUCUACAGAAGCUGUUACCAUCAGUCCAACCAGUGUGACCCUAACCUGGAAAAACGACGCAGCUGGAGUAAUGAGUAAGAUGGAAAAUGGGCAGAUGAGUCUUGCAAAUCAAACAGGCGGUAACAGCACAUACUCAAGUCCAGGAAGCAACGAGACUUCAGGAGAUACCACGUUAGAUGCCAGCAACACAGACCGCUUUCUGCAGCCACCCGGGAGCCCCACUGCCCCUGGGUACAAAUACGGACAGGAACCUGCAGCCCCGUCCUCUGACCCUUCUCUGCCCCAAGACACCACGGAAGACCUGCUUUUUGGGUUAAAGUCUGACACACAGUACAACGCCACUGUUUAUCCUCAAGCAGCAAAUGGUGCCGAAGGACAGCCCCGCACCACAGAGUUUCAAACAAAUUCCAGUCAGGUGUUUGACAUCGAAGUUGUGAACAUCAGUGCCACAGGCUUGACCCUGACCUGGAAAAUCAAUGAGAAUGAGUCAUCUUCUGUCUCUACCUACGUGAUACAAGUUGCUGGCGAGACAGAUACCUUCAACCUCACUGUCAGUGAGACCCGUGCCGUCAUCACCCCACUCAACUCGAGCACCUUAUACAACAUCACAGUGUGGCCUUCCCUUGACAACAGUUCCGAGGGCAUACCGGGCUUCCUCCAAGUGUACACCCCCCCCAGUCCAGUUUCUGACUUUCGAGUGACAAGUGUCAGCAUAAGGGAAAUUGGCUUAGCAUGGAAUAGCAGUGACUGUAAUUCCUUUGAGAUACACAUCAUACCGAAUGAAGAUGAAAUAAAUCAAACAACCACCGAACAAAGCAUUGUCAUUGGUGGCUUAUGCCCUGGAACCAAGUAUUGUUUUGACAUAUUUCCACAAGGACCAAAUGGGACUAAAGGGGAUUCCCAAACAGUCUGCAGUACAACUGACCUCAGUGCAGUGUUUGAUAUCCGUGUGGUCAAUGUCACCACAACCGACAUGCAGUUGGUGUGGCGGAAUACAGACAAUGUUACCGGGUACAUCUACCGUGUAGUGAUACAGUCUGAGCACAGCUCUAACCAGAAAAAUAGUUCUCAUGAAGCGAUCGCUCUCGGGGGCCUGAUCCCGGGCACCUUAUAUAACAUCACAAUCUUCCCAGAAAUGAACCAUUUCCAGGGGAAAUCGAACUCCACUGCACAGUACACACGGCCCAGCAAUGUGUCCAACAUUGAAGUAAGGACCAACACCACGGCAGCAACCUUAAACUGGCAGAACUUAGAUGAAGCCCCUCUCGGGUACACCUACCGCCUCCUUAUUGCGCAGGAUGGAAAUUCCAGCAAGGCCACACAAAUAGUCACAGGCAUUGGCAUCACCUAUGCUACAGUCACCGAGUUAACACCUGGCUCCUCAUACACCGUAGAGAUCUUCACACAGGUGGGGAAUGUCACCGAGUCACUGACACCUGGCUGGCAGUCAUUCUGUACAGACCCUGCACCAGUGACCUCCUUCCACUGUGAAGUGGUCCCCAAAGAGCCAACCUUGGUCCUUAAGUGGGCCUGCCCAUUCGGCACCAACACAGGCUUCGAGCUGGAGGUCAGCCACGGAGACUGGGAAAAUAUGACGCACUUGGAGAGCUGCUCCUCGGAGAACGGCUCUGAGUACAGGACGGAGGUCACAUAUUUGAAUUUUUCUACCUUGUACAACAUCAGCAUCACUGCCCAGUCCUGUAACAAGAUGGCGCCGCCCACCCAAAACACCUGUCUCACUGGCAUCACAGACCCUCCUUCUCCAGAUGGAUCCCCUAAUAUUACAUCUGUCAGUCACAAUUCUGUGAAGGUCAAAUUCAGCGGGUUUGAAGCCAGCCACGGACCCAUCAAAGCCUACGCUCUCAUUCUCACCACUGGGGACGCUGUUCACCCGUCAGCAGAUGUACUGAGUUAUACAUACGAAGAUUUCAAAAAAGGGGUCUCGGAUACUUAUGUGACAUACCUCAUAACAACAGAAGAAAAGAGAUGUUCUCAGGGCUUAUCUGAAGUCUUGAAAUACGAAAUCAAUGUUGGGAACGAGUCCACCACGCACGGCUAUUACAACGGGAAGCUGGAACCGCUGGGUUCCUAUCGGGCUUCUGUGGCUGGCUUCACCAAUAUUACCUUCAUCUCUCACAAUGAUGGACGCAUAGACGGGGCUGAGAGCUACGUGUCCUUCAGUCGCUAUUCAGAUGCUGUUUUCUUGCCCCAGGAUCCAGGUGUCAUCUGUGGAGCAGUGUUUGGGUGUAUCUUUGGUGCCUUGGUUAUUGUGGCCGUAGGAGGCUUCCUCUUCUGGAGAAAGAAAAGGAAAGAUGCCAAGAACAAUGACGUGUCCUUUUCUCAAAUUAAAUCCAAGUUAAUCAAAGUGGAGAAUUUUGAGGCCUACUUUAAGAAACAGCAAGCUGACUCCAACUGUGGAUUUGCGGAAGAAUAUGAAGAUCUGAAGCUUGUUGGAAUUAGUCUACCUAAGUACGCAGCUGAACUGGCUGAGAACAGAGGAAAAAAUCGCUAUAAUAACGUUGUACCCUACGAUAUUUCCCGCGUCAAACUUUCAGUCCAUGCCCAUCCGACCGAUGACUACGUCAAUGCCAACUACAUGCCUGGCUACCAUUCCAAGAAAGAUUUCAUUGCCACACAAGGACCUCUACCCAACACUUUGAAAGAUUUUUGGCGUAUGGUUUGGGAGAAAAAUGUCUAUGCCAUUGUCAUGCUGACCAAGUGUGUUGAACAGGGAAGGACCAAAUGUGAGGAGUACUGGCCCUCCAAGCAGGCUCAGGACUACGGGGACAUAACGGUGGCGAUGACGUCAGAAAUUGUUCUACCAGAAUGGACCGUCAGAGACUUCACAGUGAAAAAUAUCCAGACAAGUGAGAGUCACCCUCUGCGUCAGUUCCAUUUCACCUCGUGGCCUGACCAUGGCGUUCCCGACACCACUGACCUGCUCAUCAACUUCCGGUACCUUGUUCGUGACUACAUGAAGCAGAGUCCCCCUGAGUCACCGAUUUUGGUGCACUGCAGUGCUGGGGUGGGAAGGACGGGCACUUUCAUCGCCAUCGAUCGUCUUAUCUAUCAGAUAGAGGACGAGAACACUGUGGAUGUGUACGGGAUUGUGUAUGACCUUCGAAUGCACAGGCCUUUAAUGGUUCAAACAGAGGACCAGUAUGUUUUCCUCAAUCAGUGUGUUUUGGAUAUUAUCAGAUCCCAGAAGGACUCGAAAGUAGAUCUCAUCUACCAGAACACAACUGCGAUGGCAAUCUACGAAAACCUUGCACCGGUGACCGCGUUCGGAAAGACAAAUGGUUACAUUGCCUAAAUUCCAAAGGAAAACCUUUCUGGCGUUACCCAGACCGUCACACCCACAGCAAAGGAAAAUGCCCCGAUGUUGACAUGUUUUUAUAUGUCUAGUACCCUAAUUCUUUGUUCCGUUUUGUUAGAACUAAUUUGAGAGUGUGAAGCUGCACAUGUGAAGCAUGACAAAUGAGAAGUUGGGGCUGUCAGGGGCUGUGGAUGGGUGGUGAGCAAAUCAACUACGUUUCUGAUUAUCAGUGGGUGAGAUGAGUUCACUUUUUUUUUUUCUUGAGAAUU